GGGCCAGCAGUUCCUGCUGGGGCUGGCGGUCUGACUGGCGGGCAGCGAUGCCGAAGCGCUUGGGCGCCGCGGGGCCCCUUGCUCUGCUGCUGCAGGUGCUGCUCUGCGCGCGCUCGUGCCUCAGCCAGGUGCCGCCAAGGCCGCCGCACUUGGUGCUGGUGCUGGCCGAUGACCUGGGCUGGAACGACGUGGGCUGGCACGGCUCGGAGAUCCGCACGCCGACCCUCGACGCACUGGGAGCCAGCGGGGUGCGCCUGGAGCGCUACUACACGCAGCCUCUCUGCACCCCGUCCCGCAGCCAGCUGCUCACCGGCAGGUACCAGAUCCAUACAGGUUUACAGCAUGAAAUAAUUUGGCCGUGUCAGCCCAGCUGUGUCCCACUGGAUGAAAAACUCCUACCUGAGCUAUUAAAGGAAGCAGGAUAUGUUACCCAUAUGGUGGGCAAGUGGCAUCUGGGAAUGUACAGAAAAGAAUGCCUUCCUACCCAUAGAGGGUUUGAUACUUACUUUGGCUACCUCCUUGGAAGUGAAAACUACUAUUCUCAUGAGCGUUGUGUGGGCAUUGUAUCAAAAAAUAUAACACGAUGUGCCCUUGAUUUUCGAGAUGGAGAAAAAGUUGCAGUUGGAUUUGAAAACAUGUACUCUGCUAAUAUAUUUACCCAAAGAGCUGUAGAUCUUAUAGCCACUCAUCAAACUGAGAAGCCUGUCUUCCUCUAUCUUGCUUUGCAAUCUGUCCACGAACCUCUUCAAGUCCCUGAGAAAUAUACAGAACCUUACUCCUUCAUCCACAAUGAAAAUAGACGCAAGUAUGCAGGAAUGGUAUCUAUUAUGGAUGAAGCUGUAGGAAAUGUUACUACAGCCCUGAAGAGCUAUGGGCUUUGGGACAACACUGUUUUCAUCUUCUCUACAGAUAAUGGAGGCCAAACAUUGGGAGGCGGAAAUAACUGGCCAUUAAGAGGAAGGAAGUGGACCCUGUGGGAAGGAGGCGUGAGAGGGGUUGGAUUUAUUACGAGUCCUUUACUGAAACGGAAGGGAGUGGAAAGUCAUGACCUUAUUCACAUUUCUGACUGGCUGCCAACUCUGGUGAGCCUCGCUGGAGGACAUACAAAUGGCACAAAGCCUUUAGAUGGCUUUGAUAUGUGGAAAACGAUCAGUGAAGGAAAACCUUCCCCCCGAAAGGAGCUGCUUCAUAACAUAGACCCAGUGUUCGUGGAUCCUUCUCCAUGUACAGAUACCAGCAAAAGUACAGCACCACAAAGUAAUUAUUUUUCAUGGGAAGAUUCAAUUUUCAAUACUUCCAUACAUGCUGCAAUUCGAUAUGGAAAAUGGAAACUAUUAACAGGCAAUCCAGGCUGUAGUCACUGGUUUCCAGCACCACCGUUAUUCAACGAGUCAAAGACACUGUCCUCUGACCCACCAACAAAGAAACUUUGGCUCUUUGAUGUUGUUAAUGAUGCUGAGGAAAGAAACGAUUUGUCGGAACAAUAUCCUGACAUUGUGAAAAAACUUCUCUCCCGUCUUCAACAUUACUACAAGGACUCUGUUCCUGUAUUCUACCCAGACGAUGACCCCCGUUGUGACCCAGCAGCAACUGGGGCCUGGGGGCCUUGGAUGUAGAAAACUGCACAGCACAGCUGGAAGAAUAGGUCUGCUGUUUGGGUUAUAAGACUGAUUUCCUUCCUACACAUGUGUACAUGAAAAUGUACACUCCCUGGUAUACAAGUGCAGACCUGUAUGUACAAAAAUGCACCAAGGGAAUCAGUCCAGUGACUCAGGGACCUUGCACAAAUCUGUCUGACUUUAUUUUCUCUCAACAGUCAGCUUCAGGCCUUUGGAUUCGAUUCUUCUUAUUCAAAGUAGUUUGAGGGUUCCAGUUUCCUCUCUGACAGUGCUUGAAGUUCUAUUAAAAUCAUAACUCUGCCAUUUAUAUGUUAGCUUUUGUCCCUGACAUGUUUCCAAAGCAGAGGGUAAAAUGAUGCCGCUUUCCCAAAAUUGCUGGCCAGCUGGGAAACAUUAUUUCAGUUGGAAAGCUCUGAGUCAUGGGGGCAGGGCCUUCCAAAUUCUUUUGCAUUUGAAGUCAGAUGCUUGAUUUUGUACUUGCCAGCAGUCAGUUUUUACUGGAGGCUGAUGCAGAGCAGUAAAACAAAGGCAAAAGAAGCAAGUUGUUGAUUUCACUUGGCGUUCCAUUUUCUCACUUUUACCUCUUUGCUCUCGCUCGCUGUCUGUCAUGGGAGCAUUUUGAAAUCUCUGAGCACAACCUUGUCUUGCUGCUCAGUGAAAUGGCCCAGUUUUUCAACAUUGAAUUCCAGAUUCUGCAGGCAGAACACCUAAGUUUGCAUCUGGAAUGCAUAGUGCUGAUUUUUUUCUUUGUGUAAUUACAGAGUUCUUGUUGAUUUUGUGAGAAAUUAAAUA